AUGACGUCAAAGCAGCAGCACGUAAAGCUGCAGCAGGGGUGUCGGUCCCCGCUGCAGUCGUCGCAGUAUCCACGCAAAGCUGGAGACAAUGGGGACAAUAAGCGAAGAGAUGGCGACGGGAAAACGAACGAAGAUGAGACUUCACGUCAAGCUGCUGCCCGUUGCGAGCAGGAGCGCGCGAGUAUGGAGCAAGUGCUGCUGGGUUGUCGCUGGGGCUUCCACUGUGCGUCGCCGCUGUUUCACUUCCAUCGUGAGGCACUGAGCGAGUACGCGCACGAUCUGGUCAAGACGUUGCGGCAAGCAGCGCUGCGUGCUUGUGGCCAGCAGUUUGGCUAUUCCGUGAGCAUCCGCAGUGCAGACGCGUUCGUGGUCUUUCAGAUCCAGGAAGAGCGCGACCGACAGUACGUCGCCAAGACAACCAAGAUGGGGGUAUCUGCUGGGAGUGAGAAAGAGGCACUGGAACGCUCUGGCGGCUUCGUGCUCUACUUCCCAACCAAAGAAGAAGAGCAAACUCCUCGCAAAGGGCGCGAGCGAAAACAGGUGCUACUUUUGAGAGGAGAUGACGAGCUGCUGCGUUGGACGUGCUCGUGGCUACAGCGUCGCUUCCAAUGUAUCGUGCACUCACAAGUGGUGCGCAUCCAGCAGCUGAAUCUCAAGCGCUUGGCACGCAACUGGACGGUGGCAAGUCUCUUAGCUGAACGAGCGAGACUGUCAAAGGCUCGACAUGAUGCCGGUGGUCCGAAAGAAGAAAAAGAAGAAGACGAAGCGUUUGUACGCGGUCACUUCAUGACUGUAGAGGAGCCACUGCGAGCACCGCUUCUACUGCAAUACCGCGCAACGAACGAAGAAGACGCCGUGCGCACGUACACGCUGACAAUUCCUUGGGUUACAUUGCGUCGACUCUUUCAGCAGACAAAAGACGGACUCGGAAGCAGCAGCUGUCCGUCCACUCACGUCCCAGAGCUCAUUGAGCUAACAAAGCGGCUGUAUGUUGAUACGUUGCCAUUUGAUUUGGCAACGUACGUGAUCGAGCGGAUUGAGAUGCAGGAAGUGGCUGUUGACCUGGAUGGAGGCGUGGAACUCUAUAGUAUGGAUCUUGUGCACGCUGUACUAUUCAGUCUGCUGGAGCUUCUAACAGUUCAAAACACCGACGCGACUUUGCGGCCCGAGACGACGCUUUGA